AUGAGUGAUGAUGAAAGUGCUACAUCUUCAGGGAAAGACCAACCGGCAUCAAAACAACCAAACCCUACAACACAAAGUUUUAACGCUCCUAGAAGUGGUCUACCCCCUUUUCCCCCAUUUGACCCAAUCACAGAUUCAGCAACAGUGUCUCAACGAUGGAAGAAAUGGAUACGGCGUUUUGAAAACCUACUCAUCAGCCUUCGAGAGUUCGACUCGACCAUCCGGCGAGGUCUUCUCUUGACAUACGUUGGCGAAGCAACAAACGAUAUCUUCGACAUUCUGCCAGACACCGGUACAACGUAUGAAUCAGCCGUCGACAGUUUAACGCAGUAUUUCACUCCGCGUGGAAACAAAGAUGUAGCUAUAUUCGAAUUUCGCGAGUUGACACAAGAAACUAACGAGACUCUAACUGCGUAUUAUCGAAGACUCAAAACCAAGGCAACAGACUGUGAAUUCGCGAACGAAGACGAAGAGAUUAAAAUACAAAUCAUCCACAAGACACGAGACCCAAGAUUGCGAAAGAAAGCCCUUCGUGAAAGCAUGGACUUAAAAGCCUUAUUAGCGCACGGAACUUCGCUAGAAAUUACGGAUCAACAAGCGCAACGACUAGAAAACGCAAACACAGACCUAAACGCAUUGGAAAGAAACCGCCAGCCAUCAGCAUCGCAACCACGGGGUGCAUUCAAUCGCAGACGAAAACCACCACCGGACGGAAAGAAAACCUGCCGAAACUGCGGUGGAGCAUUUCCACACAAAGACGGAAUGCAGAAUUGCCCUGCUCGAGGAAAAUCCUGCCAUAAUUGCGGAAAACUCGGACAUUUCGCAAAAUUAUGCAAAUCGAGCAGUAAAUCGGUAAAACAUAUUACCCCACUCAAGACACCCGAUGACAGAUACUUACAAGACUCGGACGAUAAUAAUUGUUUUACCUUAAAGUCAACGCCAAAUAAGUCACCUGAGACUCAGAUCAAAAUUGGACACACUCCAGUGAAAGUACUAAUCGAUUCCGGCGCAUCUGUCAACAUUAUUCACACUGAAAUAUUCGAGCGCAUUAAAAGCGAGAACAAUCACAUUAAACUAGCCAAAACAAACGCAAAAAUUCGUGCAUACGGAACUGAUAGCCCCAUAGACCUUUCUGGAGAAUUUCACACAACAAUUAAAUCAACACACGGUCAAUCUAUAGACGCAACGUUUUACGUCACAACGGCAAAAUCCCAAUGUAUUCUCGGCUGUGAAUCAUCUACGGCAUUCACUAAUAACAUUGAACAUAAACAAUAUUGCGCAGCACGAGGAUCCAGUUAUAGCGAAGUUGCUCAAGCAACAUGA